AGUAAUUGACCCAGGACUCAUUUUCAGGAAAACAGCUUCCUUCAAAAUGGUAAAAUGAUGAAAUGAGGAAUUUGAACCCUUUUUUCCUCCGGAUGGGGAUCUUCAGAGGAUGAAAAAGAGCGAUUUAUCCAAGCUAUGUGGUAAAAUAGGGAAUUUGAAGAAGAUGGAAAUGUUUACGUUUUUGUUGAUGUGUAUCUUUCUGCCCAUCAUAAGAGGGCACAGUCUCUUCACCUGUGAACCAAUUACAGUUCCCAGAUGUAUGAAAAUGGCCUACAACAUGACAUUUUUCCCUAAUCUGAUGGGUCAUUAUGAUCAGGGUAUUGCUGCUGUGGAAAUGGAGCAUUUUCUUCCUCUUGCAAAUCUGGAAUGUUCACCAAAUGUUGAAACUUUCCUUUGCAAAGCUUUUGUACCAACCUGCACAGAGCAAAUUCAUGUGGUUCCACCUUGCCGUAAAUUUUGCGAGAAAGUAUAUUCUGAUUGCAAAAAAUUAAUUGACACUUUUGGGAUCCGAUGGCCUGAGGAACUUGAAUGUAACAGAUUACAAUACUGUGAUGAAGCUGUUCCUGUAACUUUUGAUCUACACACAGAAUUUCUUAGUCCUCAGAAGAAAACAGAACAAGUCCAAAGAGAUAUUGGAUUUUGGUGUCCGAGGCAUCUUAAGACUUCUGGAGGACAAGGCUUUAAGUUUCUGGGAAUUGACCAAUGUGCACCUCCAUGCCCCAACAUGUAUUUUAAAAGUGAUGAACUUGAGUUUGCAAAAAGUUUUAUUGGAAUAGUUUCAAUAUUCUGUCUUUGUGCAACUCUGUUCACAUUCCUUACUUUUUUAAUUGAUGUUAAAAGAUUCAGAUACCCAGAGAGACCAAUUAUUUAUUACUCUGUCUGUUACAGCAUUGUAUCUCUUAUGUACUUUAUUGGAUUUUUGCUAGGUGAUCGCACAGCCUGCAAGAAGGCAGAUGAGAAGCUUGAACUUGGUGACACAGUUGUUCUGGGCUCUCAAAAUAAGGCUUGCACCGUUUUGUUUAUGUUUUUGUAUUUUUUCACAAUGGCUGGCACUGUGUGGUGGGUGAUUCUUACCAUUACUUGGUUCUUAGCUGCAGGAAGAAAAUGGAGUUGUGAAGCCAUUGAACAAAAAGCAGUGUGGUUUCAUGCUGUUGCAUGGGGAAUACCAGGUUUUCUGACUGUUAUGCUUCUUGCUAUGAACAAAGUUGAAGGAGACAACAUCAGUGGAGUGUGCUUUGUUGGCCUUUAUGACCUGGAUGCUUCUCGUUACUUUGUUCUUUUGCCACUCUGCCUGUGUGUGUUUGUUGGGCUGUCUCUUCUUUUAGCUGGCAUUAUUUCCUUAAAUCACGUUCGACAAGUUAUACAGCAUGAUGGCCGGAACCAAGAAAAACUAAAGAAAUUCAUGAUUCGGAUUGGAGUCUUCAGUGGCCUGUAUCUUGUGCCAUUAGUGACACUCCUCGGAUGUUAUGUCUAUGAGCAAGUGAACAGGUUUACCUGGGAAGUAACUUGGGUCUCUGAUCAUUGUCGUCAGUACCACAUCCCAUGUCCUUAUCAGGCAAAAACAAAAGCUCGACCAGAAUUGGCCUUGUUUAUGAUAAAAUACCUGAUGACCUUAAUUGUUGGCAUCUCUGCUGUCUUCUGGGUUGGAAGCAAAAAGACCUGCACAGAAUGGGCUGGGUUUUUUAAAAGAAAUCGCAAGAGAGAUCCAAUCAGUGAAAGUCGAAGAGUUCUACAGGAGUCAUGUGAGUUUUUCUUAAAGCACAAUUCUAAAGUUAAACACAAAAAGAAGCACUAUAAACCAAGUUCACACAAGCUGAAGGUCAUUUCCAAAUCCAUGGGAACCAGCACAGGUGCUACUGCAAGUCAUGGCACUUCUGCAGUGGCCAUCACCAACCACGACUACUUAGGACAAGAAACUGUGACAGAAAUCCAGACUUCGCCAGAAGCAUCAGUAAGAGCAGACGGAGAAAGCACCUCCAAGUUAGGAGAACAGGACUGUGGGGAGCCUGUCUCCCCAGCAGCAUCCAACUGCAAACGCUCCGGGGAACAGGCCAGCAGGAAAGGCCAGGCGGGCAGCGGGAACGAUAAGAGCAGUGUGUCGGGAAGUGCGCGGGGUGAAGGAAGGGUAAGUCCAAAGAGUGAUAUUACUGAAACCGGCCCGAUGCAGAACAACAAUUUGCAGGCCCCCAGUUCUUCAGAACCAAGCAGCCUCAGAGGCUCCACAUCUCUGCUUGUUCACUCGGCUUCAGGAGAGAGAAAAGAGCAGCGAGCUGGGAGUCAUUCAGAUGCUUGAAAACAUUUAUCCUGUUACUUAGAAGCAAAUUCGUAUUACACUGGAAGUGACCUAUGCACUGUUUUAUAAGAAUCACUGUUAUGUUCUUUUGCACUUAGAGCUGCAUUGCCUACUGUUAUCCUGGAAAUAAUAGAUUUCAAGAAUAAUACAGUUCAUUUCACACAAAGGUUAAUGACAACAGUAUACCUGAAACUAGAAACGUGCAGGUUUGUAAUAUUUUCUAAGUUGUGUGGGAGGAUAGAGUUAGUGGAAUCUUCCUUUUUUAUUUAUGAAGAUUCUACUCUUUUUAAAAGUAUUUUAAGAUGUACUAUGCUGUUUCACUUUUUUGAUAUAAAAUCAAAAUUGUUCUUUGUUGAAGUAUUUAAAACUUACCUUUGUAUCUUUUAUAUCUAUUUGAAGAUAAGCUUAUAUAUAUUUGAAUUUUUGUGGAAAUCCUGAAAAUUCGAUUGAAAUAUUUUUACUAUGUUAUUCUGAUAUUGUAGCACUUUGGUAGCUUUUACACUGAAUUUCUGAGACAAUUGUAAAAUAGAAUUGUUUUAUAGUAUAAAAAAUAUUUGACACACCAGAAAGUCUUAUAAUAGGAAUUAAGCUUUAAAAACC